GCAGAUCUGUUUACUUCACGUAAUCUUCAGCAGCGUCACAGCAGCUCUGUAGACGAAUAUGUCCAAGGGUCCUGGAGCACUGCUGCUGCUCUCCAUAUUGGCGACAUGGUACUCAUGUGAUGCCAUACAAAUUCAUCCUCGACAACCGAAGCCCGGUAGGCCAUUCGAGCAUAUCGCCAUGCGUAUUACGUGGCCCUCCGGAUUCUGCAUGGUAGAACCUAGGUGUGACAAAGUCAAGGUUCAAAAUAUUGGCAAUGAAUGGACCCUCCACGGAAUAUGGCCCGCCUGGUCUAGAGGUUUUCCAACGGACUGCGAUGACUCUGUCAAAUUCGAGAUUGCACAAGUUGAGAAUAUUUCUCCCCAACUGUCGCUGAGAUGGCCAUCCCUGACCGGGAAUGACAAAACUUUCUGGCAGCACGAAUGGAAGAAGCAUGGCACGUGCGCAUUACAUGACGAACGACUUGGUGGCAUUUCCAAGUACUUCCAAGGUGGUUUGGAUGCUCUGAAUCGAUACAAUAUCAGUCACAUUCUCUCGCAACGUGGAGUAAUACCAGGAGCGUCGUACAUGUAUCGAGACAUCGAAACAGCACUGCAAGAGGGAUUCAAUGGAAGCGUCACUGUGAUUUGCAGGCCCUCAAAAUCGGAAUCAAAAAUACUCUACGAGGUUCAACUCCACCUGGAAAAAGGUAGCUUGGACCCGAAGACGCUUCCACGUCACGUCACUAAUAAAGGAUGCGGUUCGCAAGCAAGCGUUACCUAUCGCUAGAAGUAGAUCACUGUAGGAUUCGAACCCACAUCUUCUGGUUUACCGUAUUUGUCCUUUCUAUGUGUUCCAGCCCCAGAACAUCAAUUGCCUCAUGCUCUACAACAAGCUUUGACAUUCUGAACACGGAGCGAAAAAUAUUUCCUGCUACACAACUGUCAUUUCUUUUUUUCUUUUCGAUACUGAGGCUGCUAUUAAAUGCAUCGUAUUUAG